UGGAUUGAACUACGGUCAGGAUGUGCUGUCUCCGUUCGUCUGUCAGAUAUAACCAUGAGAACCCAGGGAUAAAGACAGUCUGAAGUAGAAAGUAAAUGCUCAAGGUCUCGUUCAAUCUGAUGGGUCUACUUUUUGAAAAAUGAGAAAGAGCGUCAGUGAAGUGAAGUAAUUUGUUUUCUAUUUUUUACAAGGCGGGAGAAAAUACGAUUUCGAUUUCGAUCAUUGUGAAGUCGAUGUAGUUUGAUUUCGAAGUUGUGUGAAAAGAGUCUUGCCUUGCCCAGUAGUGCGAUUUAUCUGAGUGGGAAUCAAAAUGUGGUAUGCUGUGCAAAAUUGUUGUCCUUGCAACAAUUUGGUUGGGUUUCAGCCACAAUGCUAGGAACUUGGGUUCUUCUCGGUUUCAGGGUUCGUUUAAGAACAGUCAGUUCAGUGAAUGAAGUGUCCUUCUAUUUCUUUCUUGUUAUAACGGUAUGAGUGAGGCGAACCAACGCAUCACGKGCUUCGGUCUGUGGUAAUCGCAUUAAUGCAUCAACAGCUCUCURUAAAUUAUUAGAGAAAAAAUUAAACAAAAGGAACAAAAUAAGUCAAGUGUUUUUUUGUCAAGAAGUCGCCCUGAGUCUAAACAAAAUUUCUAACGUACUUGUGCGUGGAAAUUUGCUAGUGCUUUGGCCUUGUCCAUCGCAACRUCGCUGCUGUAAAGGGCUUCCAGUGCCUUCUCCUUGUCACCCUUCUUCUUAAACCGUCUCAUCACGAGAGGCUUCAGUUCAGGGAAUUCUUGAGCAGCGUAUAAGAUGGGUGCUGUACUCAGACCAAGAUCCAUAUCGGCUAGGGCAGGUUUUCCGAGGACGCUGGCAGCAGCUGUGAAAUCAAGAAUAUCGUCUUGAAUUUGGUAUGCGAGACCCAUGUGAAAACCGAAUUCUUCGCACGCUGUUGCUACAGUGGAUCCAUAUGCGUGUCCUCCGAGCAGCGCGGUAGAUCUGCAGGCAUAACAAAUCAGAGACGCAGUCUUGUAGUAGGACUUGCGAAGAUAGGAUUCCAUCUCCAACAAUGACUCAGGGGGGGCCUUCAAUUGCAUGAUUUCACCUGCCACCAACGAUUCAAGGGCGGUGGCCAUGAUUUGCACAACUGCUGUGUUUUCGAGGCGGGCGAGCAAGACAGAUGCUCGAGCCAACAAGUAGUCGCCCGCAAGUACUGCAACCUUGUUCGAAUAAAGUUUGUGAACGGCUUCUCCCCCACGUCGUGUGUCAGCUUCGUCCAAAACAUCGUCGUGAAUGAGUGAUGCGACAUGGAUCAUUUCUACGAUCUGCCCGAGUUGGGCUUGCUUUCUCCAUGCAUCGCUUCCCUUGUGGUUCUCUGGGGUGAUCAUGCCGCCGUCGACAUUGAUUUUUGAUGCACCACUCCAUUGCCACGCAGCGGCCCCUCCAAUCUUUUCAAACACCUCCGUGUCUUCUUUUUCAAUGUCUACGGAAUGUGCCGCAGUUGAACUGUCGGAGGUCAUGUGCUCGGGAGAGGCCGCAGCAACCGCUUUCGCCAUUAACUGUACAAUCGUAGGACGAAAUCGCUUCCCGUGUCUUUUUUCGAAGAAAUGUUUCGCUGCCAUAGAAAGAAUUGGUUGAUCUGUCGAGACCAAUUCUUUAAUUGAGUCAGAAAACGGCUGCAAUUCCUUCUCCACCAUUUUGAAAGGAUCAGGUAGAGUUUCUAUUUUCAUCUUGCCGCCACAUCCCUUGAACAUGGAGAGUUGCACUCCCUGGAGCUCAUCUAUUUUCCCCGUACCCUUCAAGACAGAUCCGUCUCUCAUCGCAUUACCGCCAGUUGUGGCGGGUGCUUCACCACCCUCUUCUUCUGUAAGCAUCUGAAACAAGUCAUAACUAGGUGUCAACUUCAUUGUUGUUUCGGAGUGACUCAAAGCUUCAGCUUCUGCAGACACGACAACGGGGUUGGGUCGGAAUUUGGUUUUCUUUUGAUCUUCUACGGAAGACAUCGUAACUGCUAACGACGACGUGGAAGUAUUCGAAACAUAAUGCCUGCUUUUCAGAGGCAUUGAAUUGCGUACCAAUGCGUCGGCUGUUCCCAUCAACAUGACACCAGUUACAAAUCCGAGACACCGACGCGCUCCCGUUUUGGAGUUAUUUCGUGUUCUGUCCAUUUUGUGCUAGGUUUAUUCGUUCUUGGCGUACAAAGACGCAAUUUAAACAAAAUCGAGGAAAAAUUCAAACAGAAGAGUAUCUUGUCAGCGAAGCAAACAUCCAAGGAAAAGAGCGGUUUGUCCAGUGUUGCAGCAUCAGGAAACCUCACCUGUGGUAGCUGUUGUUGCUACUGCCUGUGAUUAUGAGUUGUCGUUYCGAUAACAGUUUCUCGCCAACUUUUAGCACUGUAGUGUUUAGAGUAAUUCGAUAAUGUAAUACGGACUCACUCGGUCGUCGUUCCUCGUGCUUUGAUGUGUUAUGAUAUACCACAAUGGAUGCAACAGGAUCAAUGUGUCUAGUUUGUUGACGAUGUUGACAAAAUUCUCUUUCUCGGACUUACAAGUUGUUCAAACAGGUAACGGUACCGCAGUUACUGUGUACGACUGUUGGCUAGUGUCAGGAAACCAAGGACUAGUGGAAACACCGUCAGCAACAGCAGAUGAUUUCUUAGAUACGAUAAGUAUUAAAGGCUGUUCCCUAGCCGAGGAGAUGUACGGUACUCGGAACCCUGCGCGGUCUACGGUAUGUUGAGUAUGUUCUGGAUGACGACGACAAUGAGUUGGAGGAAGAAUUGUCGUGUUUUGAUGAGGGACCGACGCAUGCGUGUCUCGCAUCAAUCAAAAAGAGUUUAUUUGAAAGUCUGACCUUCAACCGAUCUCGAGAAUCGAAGAAUCCAUCACUUGCGUUCUUCUCGCAAAAAUACCACCGCGUGUUUUCUUUCUUUCUGAGUGGGUCUGCGUUUCUGAAAAUUCCAAAACCUGUCAUCAAUCAAUUCGAAUCGACUGCGCAUUGGAAAACCGUGUUGGUGGUUGCCUAUUCGAAAGGUACCUGGUACCGUAUGUACCAAUGACAGGAAAAAGAACAAAAAACAGAUGGUUUUAAUCGUAUUGCACUGUACAGAAUGGAAAGAAUCAAAAUGAUUUGGUAGAGAGAUGGAGAAAGCGAAUACAUCGUCCUCUUGGCACACGCACAACACUCUUGGCGUCACAUGACAUUCUCAACUACCGUCCCGAAACCAACUCAGAUGGAUCGAAUGAAUCAUCAUCGAACAACGGGACAAAUAGUUAAUGAUUCCCGGUUGAAUGUGGGAACGAAUCAAUUUCUGUCAUGCAAUCAGCUGUCCGACCGAACUGCUUUCUUCUAGCGUUCGGAUUUCUUUGGCACGUCGCCGUUGACGGUUUGCUGGUUGUCAACACUUCGGAAAUGGAAUACAGUACGAGUACUCGUUGGCUGAUCAUAUGAAACCAGGUUGUCUGCCCCACCCUCGUUGUGCGUGUUUUUCCGAUAGUMAUAAACUACCAGCUUCCUAUUUGGAUUGCAUGAAAGUGAGAGAGUUUGUCGCAUAGCGCUUUAGGAAUUGCGUGACCAAUAUGAUUAUUUCAUUAGAUUCCCAGGAGUGAAGCUCAGUUGAGCUUGAAGCAACCUAAAUGGCAAGCAACCGUUAUUGCUAUGAAAAGUGUUCAGAAUCUUGUAAAGGAGAGGUUGAGGUAGAGACUGACUAGUGGUUGAAUUGAAUUGUGCUGAAGUUAAAUGUUUCUAGUGACCACAUAUCAUGUCAGGAGGAGUUGUUGGGGGAUUCAUAAUGGAGAAAGUAGUAGUUGGUAUCGCCAAAAACCAUGUAGACAACAAGAACAUCACAUAUUGAAUUCAAAGUCAAACAUACAAUACUUCUACUAUGAAAAAUCAAAAUCAUUUUUAUCUGUUUUCUUCUUGUCAGUAUUACUCAAAAAUAAAGAUUCUUGAAAAUUUUUAAUGCAAAAAGGGGAAAUAUUUGGGAAAACAAGAAAUGAUGACAUUGCCAUCAGAUUUCAACAUAUAGAGGUUCUUUUCUCCUUGCACCCUAAGGUAACAUGAUGGCAGCAAUUUCUAUUCUUCUUUCCAAUCCUCCUUGAUUUCUUGUAUUCUUGUUUGACUCCUUCUUAAAAUUACUUCUACCUCUGCUUGAAAAAGAAUAAGAUUUUUUAAUGACA